AUGGCUGAAGGUGUUUUCCCAGGUGCUGUCGGUAUCGAUUUAGGUACUACCUACUCUUGUGUUGCUACUUAUGAGUCCUCCGUUGAAAUUAUUGCCAACGAGCAAGGUAACAGAGUCACUCCAUCUUUCGUCGCUUUCACUCCAGAAGAAAGAUUGAUUGGUGAUGCCGCUAAGAACCAAGCUGCUUUGAACCCAAGAAACACUGUGUUCGAUGCUAAGCGUUUGAUCGGUAGAAGAUUUGACGACGAGUCUGUCCAAAGUGACAUGAAGACUUGGCCAUUCAAGGUCAUUGACGUCAAUGAGGCUCCAAUGAUCGAGGUCGAAUACUUGGGUGAAACCAAGACCUUCUCCCCACAAGAAAUCUCUUCUAUGGUCUUGACCAAGAUGAAGGAGAUUGCUGAAGCUAAGAUCGGCCAAAAGGUUGAAAAGGCUGUCAUUACUGUUCCAGCUUACUUCAACGAUGCUCAAAGACAAGCCACCAAGGAUGCUGGUGCCAUUGCUGGUUUGAACGUUUUGCGUAUCAUCAACGAGCCAACUGCUGCUGCCAUUGCCUACGGUUUGGGUGCUGGUAAGUCCGACAAGGAGAGACACGUUUUGAUUUUCGACUUGGGUGGUGGUACUUUCGAUGUUUCUUUGUUGCACAUCGCUGGUGGUGUUUACACUGUCAAGUCUACUUCCGGUAACACUCACUUGGGUGGUCAAGAUUUCGAUACCAACAUGUUGGACUUCUUCAAGAACGAGUUCAAGAAGAAGACUGGUUUGGACAUCUCAGAUGACGCCAGAGCUUUGAGAAGAUUGAGAACUGCCGCUGAAAGAGCUAAGAGAACUCUAUCUUCCGUUACUCAAACCACCGUUGAAGUCGACUCCUUGUUCGAAGGUGAAGACUUUGAAACUUCUAUCACCAGAGCCAGAUUUGAAGACAUCAACGCUGCUUUGUUCAAGUCCACUUUGGAACCAGUUGAACAAGUUUUGAAGGAUGCUAAGAUCUCCAAGUCUCAAAUCGACGAAGUCGUUUUGGUCGGUGGUUCUACCAGAAUUCCAAAGGUUCAAAAGUUGUUGUCUGACUUCUUCGACGGUAAGCAAUUGGAAAAGUCCAUCAACCCAGAUGAAGCCGUUGCUUACGGUGCCGCCGUUCAAGGUGCUAUCUUGACCGGUCAAUCCACCUCCGACGAGACCAAGGACUUGUUGUUGUUGGAUGUCGCCCCAUUGUCUUUGGGUGUCGCCAUGCAAGGUAACGUCUUUGCCCCAGUUGUUCCAAGAAACACUACUGUCCCAACUAUCAAGAGAAGAACUUUCACCACUGUUGCUGACCACCAAACUACUGUUCAAUUCCCAGUUUACCAAGGUGAACGUGUCAACUGUGCUGAAAACACUUUGUUGGGUGAAUUCGACUUGAAGGGAAUUCCUCCAAUGCAAGCCGGUGAGCCAGUCUUGGAAGCCAUUUUCGAAGUUGACGCUAACGGUAUCUUGAAGGUCACCGCUGUGGAAAAGUCUACCGGUAAGUCCGCCAACAUUACCAUCUCUAACGCUGUUGGUAGAUUGUCCUCUGACGAAAUCGAAAAGAUGGUUAACCAAGCCGAAGAAUUCAAGGCUGCUGACGAAGCUUUCGCUAAGAAGCACGAAGCCAGACAAAGACUAGAAUCCUACGUCGCUUCCAUCGAGCAAACCGUCACCGACCCUGUCUUGUCUUCCAAGAUGAAGAGAGGUGCCAAGUCCAAGAUCGAAGCUGCCUUGUCUGAUGCCAUGGCUGCUUUGGAAAUCGAGGACUCCUCCGCUGACGACUUGAGAAAGGCCGAGGUUGGCUUGAAGAGAGUUGUUACCAAGGCUAUGGCCACCCGUUAA